CAUCCUGACAUCUCUGAAGACAGAUUAAGAGAACAUGUUGACUACUGUGUCAGAAACUCUAGUCCUGGACCUCAUGUGUUCCUGCUGGUCCUACAGCUUGAAGGCUUCACAGAGGAGAAGAGACAGAGACUGCAGUCAGUCCUUGAACUCUUCAGUGAUGGAUCAUUUGAUCAUUCACUGGUUCUGUUAUCAACACCCAGAGAGAAGAGUUCAGGUCUCAUAGAAAAUUACAUGCAACGUCCACUGUUGGGAGACCUGUUCAGUAAAUGUCAACACAGGUUGUUGUGGCAGACAAAUCUUGAACGUCCGGAGUUGUUAACAGUCAUGGGCCAAAUUGUGAAGGAGAACAAUGGAGAUCAUGUGACGUGUGAUGUGUUUGAGGACGCAAAGGCUGAUUUACCUGGUGGUCAUGGAAGUCUGAAACAAGGGGGAGCAGUCAUUGCCAACUUGGAUCCUGUUAGAACUGUUGGGAGGGAGGGUGUGUGUCUGUGGAUGCACACACAUAUGACAAGGUACCGUAGUCGAUAUUUUUCUAUGACAACAAUGCUUGAUAUGUGCAACAAAAUCCAGCAGCAGUGGAGACAAAGGUUAUACUGUACACUUGUUGAACAAGCUGAACACAACAAAAAACCUGCAGAAAUGUGGCAUCUUCACUCUCCCCGUGGCAGACCUGCCUCGUCCCGUUCACCCACUAAACCCACCCGGUGCUCAUUCUGCUGACUGUAGUGAACAGAUGAGAAUGAGAAAAAUCUAGUGCUCAUUUUAUGUAGUUCAAUAUUCACUUCA